AUGCCGUACUGGAUCAAAGGCAUGCUCUCGGACGGUACUGAUGUCAGUUUUGGAUCUUUUCGACGGUGCAAUUACCCGCGUUUGACAACUUCGGGUAAACUGGAGAUGAUACACGAGUGCGGGAGAUACACUUCCUUUCCGGAUAUACCUAGCAUGUCCUGGCAAGUGACAACUAUCACUGUCGGAAUUGGUGCUGCGGUGUCAUUACUCGUGGCUUUUACAGCCCUGUCUGCAUGCUGUCUGGCGGAUGUGAUAACUAAGACCACGGCCAGAAUUCUGGGCCUGGUCCAACUUAUUGCAG